GACGUGCCCAGUGUGAAUAUGUUGUCCAUGGCCUUUGUAGCCAUCGGUGCUGUCGGAGUGCUGCUGUUGCUUAUCCUAGUGGUCUCCAUUAUCGCUGUAAACCGUUACCACAAGAACAAGACAGAGCAGAUGGUGUUCAAGUUGGAAGAGAUCUCGACAAUGUCUCGCCAGCCCUCCAUCCGCCGGUGUAACUCCAUGUCAGCCUCAGUCGAUGCCAGGCUUCAAGAUGGAGGGGGCAGCCGGGAGAACGUAGUGAGUUGAUAAGUCGCUAGAGGGCGAC